AUGGUGAUGGAGCUUCCAACACCAGCCCAGCCACACAGUGUGCCCUGGAGACAUGGAGAUAAGACCAAAGAGGAAGAAAGGGGGAGAGGACGGCUGGCUUUGGAAAGUGGGACAGAGGAGCAGUCAGCGGGGCAGAUCGAGGCUAAUGCAGCCAGGCAUCCAGGCUUUCCUGAUGGUCAUGAGAGCAUGUUCCCCUCCUCUGUGCGGUCGGCCCUGCUGCAGGUUGUGUUCGAUCGAGCGAACCUCUCCGACCCCUCUGUGGGAGACUCAGAGGUGAUGCUGUGGCUGCACGACAGACUGCGCCCCCUGCUGGUCGAGCUGUUGCCGCGACACGUAGCGCUGUUCUUCAGGAUACUGGAGGGAAGAAACUGCAGCAUCGAGGAGCAGGGAGUGACAGACCUGAAUUCAACGAUCUCUUCUCUCAGUGAAGAAACACAGGCAGAAAUCUACAGCCACAUUGUUCAGUCCCUCAAAGGACCGAUACCUCUCAAAUGCUACGGAGAAAACUACAACCAAAGUUUCUACGGUUUCCUGCAGCGCUCAUUCAUGAGUUUCCAGUUCCCCAACCUCACCGCCUUCCUGUCCCUCAUGCCUCACAACAGGAUGCAUCAGCUGGUGAACUCCAUGCCUCCGUCACACCUUGGAGAUUUCCUCCGUCGCCCCGAUGUCGUCGACAACGAUGCAGAGCUCUGUACGAUAUACGACAACUACGUGCAGACACCCAUGUUCCUGGAGACU